UUGGAAGAAUUCAAGUCAACAAUUCAAACAACAAAUGUCCAACAAGCCCACAGCCAGAGUAAAUCGCGUCUGUUCAGAUCAACUACUUCCAACCAGGAGACGGAUGUAGGAGCAAAGCAAAGGGAAAGGAGGCAGAAGGAAUGGCCAGGAGAGGAGAAUACCGUAGAUACGUGGGAUGGGGAAGAGAAAGACAUAAAGAGAAAGGCUUGGGAGGAGGCCGACAACUUGGUUAUCGUGAAUGUAGGCAGAGGGAACUUUCCAGAUCGUCAUUUUGAGAAGUUGUGUGCGCCAAAUCGGUAUUCCUGCAUCAAAGAAUCUCGCUCCUUCAGGCUGUUGGGGGCUCGAGGCCUCCGGUCGUCAGUUGCAUUCAUCGUGAUCACCUGA